AUGGAGAUACCAUGGCUUCCCAGAAGCAAGGAAAACUUGACCUUCAUCCGGCAAGUUCCCAAAUUCCUGCAGGCCCAUGCCCAUCUCCUCGGCAAGGGGCAGGGCGCUCAGGGCGAGGACGACCCCACCGCGGUGGACGACGACCUGGCCCUGAAGCGGCAAAGCGACGAGCCGGAUGCGGAGGACGACGCGCGGGAGAAGGAGGAGGCCCUGGCCCAGGCCCUGGCCGCAGACCCCAACCUCCUCCUGCAGCAUCCCGAGCUGGCUGAUGUGGCUAUCAAGGUGAAAGCUGGCGAGCUCAAGGAGAAGGGGAACCGGGCGUUCAACGAAGGGAAGUUUGAUGAAGCAGCCAGGCACUUCCAGGAAUGCGUGGUCCUUUGUCCCAGGGACGAGGUGUUCUGGAGCAACCUGUCUGCUGCCCGCGCCAGCCUGAAGGACUGGCCUGCCGCAUCGGCGGCCGCGGAGACGGCCAUCGGCCUGAAGCCACGCUGGGCCAAGGCGCAUGCGCGGCUGGCGGCCGCCUACACUGGCCAGGAGGACCAUGUCAGGGCGUUGGAACGGUAUGAGCGCGCCCUGCAGCUGGAGCCCUCCAACGGGCAGUUCCAGGAGGCGCUGUCGCGGGCGAGGGUCGCGGCGGGCAAGCAGGAGGCCGAGGGCAAGCACCGCUUCAAGAGGAAGGCCUCCGCUGCAGCGGAGGAGAGGCCAGUCGCGCUGGCCGGGUCGGGGAAGGCCCCGGUCAAGAAAAGGAGCACGAUCCUUUCCUUCUCUGCUGACGAGGACGAUGACGGGGAGACUUGA